AUGGCCGACAUCGGGAGCCGCCAGAAGCAGGCAGACAAGACCAUCAGCCACAUGGCAGAACAUAUCACGGCGCUGCAGAAGGCGCUCAAAGUUGCGAACAAGCAGCCCGUGCGGGAGACCUUCACCGGGCGCGAUUUAGACAGGGCAGUCGACCUCACCAUCAUCAAAGUGCACGCCGACGGCCUGGCCACGCUGGACAGAGCCACGGAAGCGCUUGCCAAGUGGAUCACCGAGUGCGGCAUCGACAAGUCUCUUUUCCAAAUUCAAGGACAAGACACAUCGCGAUAUUUCACGAUCCAGUUCACGGGCCUCCCUGGCCCUGCCUCUCGCCGUGUGCUGAAAGUUUUGGGCAGUCUCCGCAACCGCGACGGCAGCUGGACUCGCAUCCGCGCGCCUGCUAUUGCUGGCAGCGGACCGGUGGAGCUGCGCGUCGGCCCCGACAAGUCGCCCAAGCAGAUCAAGACGGAUAUCGUCGGCAUGCGGAUUCGGCAGGUCCUCGAGAGAGCGUUCCCCCACCGCGCCUGGAGGGUCGACCGAGCCAAGGGCUGGGUCUCGGCCAAGUGGGUUCUAGCCCUCUCCUUCAAGGUUCAUCCUGGGCAUCGCGCCCUGGGCCCCGCCCUGGGCAUCGGCGUCGCGCGCGCGUGGUCGCGCCCGAGGCUGCUCCCCGUUUCUGGCUUCGACAAGAACGCAGAAGGUCUGCAAGCUGAGAUCGAAGCCCUCUUCCCUGGCCGCGCACUGCGAACCAUGGCCCAAGCCGACGACCCGAAAAUGAAAUUCUACAACAUCCACAACUACGAGAUCAACGCUGCGGCAAUCAGGUGCAUCUCGACGAUGAUCCUCAGCGACCAGCACCUUGCGACGGCCGCCGUCGGGGAGUUGAAGCUCACUGAGCUGUCUCGUCGUCGAGUCUGCAACCGCGCCGCCGCCCUCAUCGCCUUCGCCAUGCGCGACCUCGAGGCCGAGAAGAACCAGCCGAUUACCCAGUACAUUAUCAAGUCCCUCAUCUUCAAGCAGAUCGCGGGGGAGGCGUUCAGCCAGACUGACCUCGACAAGCUGGGAGAGCGCCGGGGCCUCGCCGCGGUCGCGGCAGAGUCUGCGCCAGCGGCCCCCGCGCCCGCGGUGGGCCCCGCGACUCAGGGCGCCCCUGGUGCAAGCAAUGACCAGAUCAAGCUUGCCGGCCCCGUUAAGUUCGAGGAGUGGGCCAGCAACCUCAUCCGAAUGGGCGCUGAUCAUUGUCACGCUGCCAUCGACCUGGCCCGUCAGAGGAGCCGUCUCCCGCCCGCGCAAGCUCGCGCGCAGUCUCGGGCUUCGCGCCGCAAGAUCCAGCUUUGGGGCCCGCUCAGCGAGCGCUUUGUGGUCACCAGCGUGAAGACGAGCGCCGGGACUGCGACGGGGCCGACCGAGAGGCUUCAGAAGCCCAUGGAACACGGGUCUUCCUCUAUCCCGCCUGGCAUGGACGGGCCCCCCUGCAUCGCCUGGCCCGCGCAGGAGAAGUUCGCGGGGACCCUCUGGCACGCCAUGUGCUGGAUGCUCUGUGGCGGCCUCUUCCCCGACGAAGCCAACUCGACGGUCCCAGCCUUCCUCCCCGCAGGAAAGGAUGCAGGCGACGCGGAACGCAUCGGCUGCCACCGUGACCCGUCCAAAGUUGAAGUUCCCGGGCUUCGGUGCACUUCUCUCAAAACCAUCGGCGACACGAUGAUCGCUGCGAUGGCCACGGUGGCUGCCGACGUGGUCCCAGCCUCGCAGCGGGGCUUCACUCGCCGCUGCAAUUUCGGCUACAACAUCCUGGAGCUGCAUGUCGAAAGCCGCAUCGCGUCCGCCGCCCCCGAUGCCAUGGCCAAGCUGCCCGUGCUGGCGUCGCUGGACAUCGCGCGGGCCUUCCCGAGCUUCGCGCGCCAAUUCAUCCACCUCGCACUGAAGCCACGGUGCAUCCCGCUCUUCUACAUCGGAUUCGGCAUCGUCCAGGGCUGCGGGUGGAGCGACGCACUCUACGCGAUGGGCAUUGCCUGUUUAUUUUUCGACCUCGAUAAGAAGCUCGAGCUCAGGGGCCGCGGGCUCUGCAGAGCGCGCGCCGACGACCUCGGACUGGCGCUCGCGGUAGUGGUCCACCUGUCCCACCUGGCAGGCGUGAUGUUUCUCAUGGAGGACAUCGCGGGCCUUGCGGUGAAACCUGCCAAGUGCCGCAUCAUCCGCCUCGCGGGCCCCGUCGACGACGAGCUCGUGUUCAACCUGCGCAAUGCCCUGAUCGCGAUUGUUCCCCUUAUCCAAGAGGUCAACAUCUGCGACCGCCCGACCGACCUCGGGCCCCUGCUGGGACCUGGGGCGACUCAGAGCCUACUCUACGCGAAAGCCUUCCACAAGUUCCGCUGGCGCACAGAGAUGCACAGUGCCAGCGACGCUCCGUCGAUGGGCUUCGCCCCUCUGUUCAAUAGCCGCCCCCCCCCCGUCCUCAGCUACCUGGCCCAGUGCGCUCUGUUGCUCCACGAGCUCUUCAAGUCCGGGAACUGGGUCAACGCCUCGGUCCUGCGGUUCCCGAACGGCGCGUUCAGGGUCAAGGUCUGGCCGAGGUUGAGGGACUGGGGGGCUCACGCUCCUCGCUCCAUGCAGGUCGCGAUGAUUGCCGCGAUCGCCCGAGCUGCCACGUCCACUUUUAUCGAGUUCCCUGAGAUCCGCGAGCGCCUCCACAGGGGCCUCGACCACUACGCUGAUGACCAGGCGCUGCUCGGCGCCUCGCGGGCCGCCAUGUGCAUGUCCCCGCCCCGGUGGAAGAUGCCGCCCUUCGUUGAGAUGCCCCGCCAGAUCGUGUCCGCGGCGACGAACCACCGCGACUGCCUGCCCACGCUGCCGGCCCCUGCCUUCGAGGUGAUCGCCAGGGUGAAGGAUGCCAUGAAGAAGUUGCCGCCGUCGUGGGCCGCCGCGUGGAGCAGGCUCAUAUACGCGUGCGGGCGCAAGGCCUGCAUUUUCCAGCGCGCGGAGUGCGCCGACUCCCUGAGGCGCUGCCUGACCUGCGCGCCGCUUGCCGCGGCCGAUCGCGGCUGCGACCCGCGCUUCUGUCCAGACCGAGGAGCGUGUGACUACUUCCCGACGAGCUACUUCCGGGCUGCGACGAUGCGGCGCCUGGGCGCCCUCACCGCUCCGCCGGGCGCCACUUGCCGGAUGCCGCGCAAGGUCGGGAGUGGCUACGGCGAGGACGUCUGCGGCCAGCGGCUCGACCCGACGCUCAAGCACCCCCAGCUCUGCAACCACGGCCCCGCGCGCAUGCGGCCGCACCGCGCCCUGGCUGCAGCGCUCGCGCGCCUCCUCCAGGGAUGCCGUGCGGAGGUCGAUGUGGAGCGUACGGUCCCCAAACUGGUCCGCAUCACCGAGACUGGUGCAGUGGUGGAGGCCGUCCUGGACCUCGUUGUGACGUUCCCGGGAACUGUCAAGCCCCUCUACAUCGACGUCUCCAUCAGGUGUCCGCACGCGUCCCGCUACCGGACGGCGGCCACCAGCGUGGGGGAGGCGGCGAGGGCGGCGGACACGGACACGCGCGCCCGGUACGGCGCCGAAGUCCUCACCGUCGCGUUCGAGACGUACGGCCGCCUCGGCGCCGGGACGCACCGGGCGCUUGAGCACCUGGCAACGCAGGCUGGCGCGUGCAUGCGGGACCAGUGGGCGGCCCCCCGCUUGGUGCCGACCUGGCGGGCAGCGCUGGAGCGGGUCGUCCACUUCGCUGCCGCAGACAUCGACCUGCUGGCGCUGGGCUGCACGCCCACCGCGGCCGAGCUGCCCUCCGCGGCCGCCGCGCCCGCGGUGGUGCUGCUGGCGGGCGCGCUGCCGCGGGCCAGGCGCCGGCCCGGGCGGGCCGCCGCCGCCGGCCGCGGCGCUCGGCGCGCCGCGGCGGCGCGCGCGCCCGCGGAGGACGGCCCGCGCCGGCGGGCCGUCGGCGCGCUGCUGGGCGCCUGGUGGGCCGCUGGCCGCGCGGGCCCGGCCGCGGCCAGCCCCGCGCUGGCGUCGCUGCAGGCGGACGAGAUCGACUACGUGGUGGACGGGGACACGGUGAAGCUGAAGAGCGGGACCCGCCUCCCCGCCGUCGGGGUCAACACCCCCGAGACCGUGGCACCGAAGCAGAAGGCAGGCGCACCGCCCGACUGCUACGGGCCCGAGGCCUCGUCGCUGACCAAGUCGCUGCUCCCCAAGGGCACCAAGGUGCGCCUCGAGUCCGACGCGGAGCCGGUCGACAGGUUCGGGCGCUCCCCUUCGGCCGUACGUCUACCGCGAGCAGGACGGGCUGUUCAUCAACGCCGAGCUGGCGCGGCUCGUCCAGAGGGCCAGAUAUCAUAUCGUCAAUUCGGACUCUCUGUGGACGCGAGGGGGCAGGCGCGCCCUUGGGCGCAGAGACAUGCGGAGCCACCGGCGGUGCCCUGGGCGCUCUUAGGACAAAAAUGGGUAAUCCAAAGAGGUGAGAUGUCGGAUGGCGCUCGUGCAAUUUUGAGCACGACAAGCCGAGUUUACGGAAUGAGGUUGAUUCCGGCGGCUUCUUGAAGAUCAAGACGAGUACCGGAUCCAAGUCCGCAAGGCCCGGCAGAAGGCGGAAACGGGAAACCAAGGAUCCACGAGAGAUUGAGAUUGACAAGGCGAUGAUUGCCCUUGUCCCGCCAUCGGUUCCCAGGACGGGCUCUACAGGGGCAGGCGAUGGUAAGUCUGGCGCAGGAGAUCGCGGUGCGUUUUGCGACGGACGUCCCGUCUCCCCACGACGCGGACUCCGGACGUUAGAGCCGUGGGUGCGGGGGAGAAUCGUCGCCUCGAAUCUAUUCGCGAGGGUAGGACUACCCCACUGGCGACGGCCCUGCUAGCAAGCGCCUGAACUAUGGUCGUGGAAGCGUCAAAACCAUGGCGGCGGCCGUCGCAACGGAGACGCUUCAUCUUCUGGAAGCCGGUGGAAUGAUGAUUCGAGCCGUUGGCGGACUGGCCGAGGAGGUUGCGAUGGCCCUGGUGGAUGGUCGAGCAGCGAGCGGCGCCGGGAUCACAACCACCGCAAGAACGCAACGCGGUGCUCGGGAAGCUCCGAGCGGCCUGGCCGUUCCUGGAAGUGGGGGUGGACUAGAAAACAUCGGGGCGCCUCCCUCCUCCUCCCUCCUCCUCCUCCUCCUCCUCCUCCCUCCGCCUCCUCCUCCUCCUCCUCCUCCUCCUCUUCCUCCUCCUCCUCCUCCUCCUCAUAGUAAGAGGCUGGGGGGGCAGCUCGCGGUGGGCGAGGUCGAAGCGCGACCUUCGGGGGGCCGGAGGCGCCCGCGGGCCCGGUUCACUGACGUCCGGGGCCACGCCGAGCUGCUGAGCCCCCGAGCUGCUGAGCCCUGCUCGUCACCACCCACCAAACCACCCCAACCCAACCCGAAGGCCUCAAUUUGCCCUCCAUUUCCAGUUGGGGGGGGGUCGGGGAACAUCGAAAAAACACAUAUGGAACCCGUACCCCCCCCAACCCGAAGUUGGGGUCUUCGGGUUGGGUUGGGGUGGUCUGGUAGGUAGUCAGCUCGGAAGGGCGUCGCUGUGAGACGGUUUUGAGGGUUUGGCCCCCCCCCCGUGGCAGGGCGCGGCGAAGGGGCUGGCGCGCGGGGCGAAGUGGCUCCGUCGCCUGCCGCGAGGGGAGUCGUUGCCGUCGCUCCCUCCGCCUCGGCUUCAAGCGUCCAUCCGCCUGCCAUAUCGGGCGUUUGGGCCAGGAUGGAUCCGUGAAGACGGAGCGCUUCCGGCGUCUAUCGGCGAAGGUGAAGCAGGGGGCGGCGCGGCACAUGGAAAUUAAGCCGAACGUCCGCUACGCCGCGACGAUCCUUCAGCUGGAGAAGGAGGCCGCCGCAGCCAAAAAGGGCCUCUGGCAGGCGUGCCCCGUGGGCGCGGGCAAAGGC